UCUUCAUCUUUUCUUUUUGCUUUAAAAGAUGAACAAUUUAAUCUCUCUAGCGUUCAUAUUUCUCAUUCAAGUUUCCCUACUUCCAGCAAGCCAAUGCAGGGUUUACUUGCCAAUGGAUGCCAGUCUCAUUGACAAAACCUGCAAACAAACACCCAAUUAUGAUGUUUGUGUCUCUACUCUUAACUCAGACCCUCGAAGCACCGGUGCAGAUGUCAAAGGCUUAGGCCUCAUCAUGGUUGAUGCAGUUAAGGAUAAGGCAACCGGUGCUCUGAAUAAAGCCGACGAGCUGCUUAAGCAGAGCCCAGGAGAUCAAGCCUUACUCUCUUGCGUCAAAACAUACAAUGAGGUUUUGCAAAAUGAUGUCCCACAAGGCAGUCAAGCUUUCACUCAAGGUGAUUCUAAGUCGGCAGAGCAAGGCAUGAAUGAUAUUGCCACGGAAGCAGAUUCAUGUGAAAGUGGUUUUUCAAGCAGCUCUCCUUUGGUAGAUAACAACAAAGCUCUUCUUGAUGUUGCGGCUGUGGCUGCAGCAAUUGCCAGGACAUUGCCUUGA